CUUUCCUCUUCACUGCCCAUCUCUCUCUCUCUCUCUAUCAUCUUCAUCUUCAUCUUCAUGGCGUCUCUUUUUCCCUCCACUCCCCAUCCCAACACCGACUCAGAAAUCAACGUCGCAUUAGAAAUGGAAACCAGGAAUCCGGUUCAAAACAAACGAGACGUUGAUGCUUUUAAAACGGCGACGGUUCAGAGGCGGUCGGAGGAUGGUGUUUUCCUGACAUGGGAGGAUCUAUACGUGACUGUUUCCAACGGAAAAAAUGGCACGAAAUCGAUCCUUCAGGGUCUAACCGGUCAUGCCCGACCCGGAGAGCUUCUCGCCAUAAUGGGUCCUUCCGGUUGCGGCAAGUCCACGCUUCUUGAUGCAUUGGCCGGGAGGUUGGGUUCGAACAUAAGGCAAACAGGAGAAAUUCUGAUCAAUGGUCGUAAGCAGGUCCUCGCUUAUGGAACUUCGGUAUGGAAAGAAGAUAAUCGCUGUCUUGUUCUGACAAAAAGAUCUUUUGUGAACAUGUUUCGUGAUUUGGGCUACUAUUGGCUGCGGCUAGCAAUAUAUAUUGCAUUAGCUGUAGGCCUUGGUACUGUGUUUUACAAUAUUGGGGAUGGUGAUGGCUCAGUGCAGGCUAGAGGUUCAUUGGUGACCUUUAUAGCUUCAUUUCUGACAUUCAUGGCCAUUGGUGGAUUUCCAUCCUUUGUGGAGGAUAUGAAGAUAUUUGAAAGAGAAAGAUUAAACGGGCAUUAUGGUGCUACUGCAUUUGUAAUCAGCAACACACUCUCUGCCCUCCCAUACCUUGUCCUGGUUUCAGUCAUUCCUGGAGCAAUUGCUUAUUUCCUCCCUGGCCUUCGCAGCGGCCUACAAUUCUUUCUCUACUUUGCUCUUGUGCUUUUUGCUUCCAUGGUGCUGGUGGAGAGCCUGAUGAUGAUUGUUGCAAGCAUCGUGCCCAAUUACCUCAUGGGCAUAAUAACUGGUGCAGGAAUUCAAGGCCUAAUGAUCUUGGUCGGUGGAUUCUUCAGAUUGCCAAACGAUCUUCCAAAGCCAUUGUGGAAAUACCCUUUGCAUGAAAUCGCUUUUCACAAGUAUGCCUACCAAGGAAUGUUCAAAAACGAGUUUGGAGGGAAAAUGUUUCCCAAUCACCAAAAUGGAGAUGAUAUUCUGAGAAACACGUGGCAUGCUGAAAUGGGUUAUUCCAAGUGGGGUGAUCUUGCCGUUUUGCUAGGGAUGAUUGCCUUUUAUCGACUUCUGUUUCUGGGCAUUGUAAAGGGUACCGAGAAGUUCAAGCCUUUGAUGAUUAAGGCUUUCAUGUCAAAGAAAAAUACGCAGGUUAUGAUGAAUCCUUCUUCUACACCCUUGCAUGGAGGGAAGCUGUAGGGCUUGUUUGGUAAUGGUGUAGGUUUCUUAAAGCUGCUUUUGGUGUGGGGGGAGUUGCUGUGUAGAUCGAUCAGUAGCUGAGAAAGCUAGCUGUUUGGUGUAUUUUGCAAAAUGUAAAAACUAGUAUUAGCAGUUGAAUGCAUGCUUUAUAAAUGUUGUAGUGUCUGAGAUUAUCGAAGCAGACAUAAUUAUCUAAAA